UGGUACAAAAGCGCUUCAGCCACUGUUAUGUUAUGAGAGAGGUGAAGGGCUGUCACUGCAGCAGAGGGAAGGGCGCAACACACUGACAGUGUGUCUAUUCGCGACUCCGUUCUCACGGAAUCUUUGCGGACUUGUGAAAGCUGGGACUCUGCUCGAUCGAGAAGCAACUUUAGAAAAGCAGAUAGCCUACAUUUAUUUUUUAGGUUUGCGUUUAUUGUUUCAAUUAUUAGCUGAUUUCUUUUUGCAGUCUUGGGAUAAUUUAUUUAACAAAAAGCAGUCUAAUAGACCUUCUAUUUAAAGCGUUUGGAAUUGACAGUAUUCUGACCGUUUUGUUUCAUAAACAACACUGGCUAUAUUAGUUUAAUUCGUUUACUAGUCAGUUCGGUACAUAGCCGAACAUAUCACAACUUUUGCUGCUAUAACUGACUUGUCAUUCAAACCAUAAAAGACGAAAGAACUGUGCGUGCGCAUUCUAUAAAAGUUUUAUCUCCCGUUUUUUAAUUUAUUUAAAUAUCUUUCUCAAGAUGAUGAAUGCGAUGGUAAUUUUUGCGGAGUUCUUUGUGGUAAUCUUGAAAGUACUCUGGGCUUUUGUUACCGCCGGGGCGAAAUGGGUGGUGCGGCCGAAGGAGAAGAGUGUGGCGGGACAGGUGUGUCUUAUCACCGGGGCUGGAAGCGGUCUGGGUCGGCUGUUCGCCAAGGAGUUCGCUCGGAGACGGGCAGUAUUGGUGCUGUGGGACAUCAACAGCCAAAGCAACGAAGAAACGGCGGAGUUGGUACGGGAAAUCUACCGAGAACUGGACAGUGAAUCCCCGAUGUCCAAAGAUGGAGCAGUUGGAGGGUUAGAAGAGAUUCCUCCCUUCCAGCCGCAGGUGUACACGUACGUGUGUGACGUGGGCAAGCGGGAGAGUGUGUACUCCACGGCGGAGAAGGUGCGUCGGGAGGUGGGCAACGUGGACAUGUUGAUAAACAACGCCGGCGUGGUCUCUGGUCACCAUCUCCUGGAGUGUCCUGACGAGCUGAUCGAACGCACCAUGGUGGUCAACUGCCACGCACACUUCUGGACCACCAAGGCAUUCCUUCCCAAGAUGUUGGAGCUGAACCACGGUCACAUUGUGACGGUUGCCAGCUCUCUGGGGCUAUUCAGCACAGCUGGCGUGGAGGACUACUGCGCCAGUAAGUUUGGGGCCAUCGGCUUCCACGAGUCGCUGAGCCACGAGAUCAAGGCGUCGGAUAAGGACGGCAUUAAGAUGACGCUGGUGUGUCCCUACCUGGUGGAUACGGGCAUGUUCAAAGGCUGCAGGAUAAGGAAAGAGAUUGAGCCCUUCCUGCCUCCCCUGAAGCCAGAGUUCUGCGUAACACAGUCUAUGAGGGCCAUUCUCACCGAUCAGGCUAUGAUCUGCACGCCACGUAUCGUAUAUAUGGUCAACAUCAUGAAAAGCAUCCUGCCCUUCGAGGCCAUCGUUUGUAUGUACAGGUUCCUGGGUGCUGAUAAGUGUAUGUAUCCCUUCCUUGCCCAGAGGAAGGAGCUGAUGAACAACAACGAGGCUAAGGAGGACAUCUAAGGGGUGGUGGGGGGUGGCGCUGUCGGGACCGGGCGGGGCACAUGGCCUGGAGGCACCAGGAUAGACCACUGAGGGUGCAUGGAUGAAGAGAAAUAAGACUGAAUCUAGACUGGUGCACUUGCAUUGAACAGAUACAAAGGUUGACCAUAUCGUUCCUCUGGAACAAUGCCAGCUGUGUACUACACAACGGAUUCGUUUGUUUAAAGAAACCAAUUAUCUAUAUACUGUGUCAAUAGUUUUUUUUUUGAAAUCAUAUGAUAAAAAAAAAAGGUAUUCAAUAAUUAACUAUUUACAUAAUGUAGUCACCAGCUUUUUAUGUAGCGUCUUGGUGGAAAAUAUACAGUAUGUUACUGUACAGUAAAAUCUUGUCACUUUUAGUUGUUUUAAUUUGUAGACAUGCACUGUAAUACUGACUCUCUCUAUAUGACCAAGUCUCUCUGUCGAAACAACGGUUCAACAUGGCAUUUUCCAGAAAUACACUACCCAGCAACCCCCGAGGCUCAGUCUAACCAAUCACAACGUGAUGCUCCAAAUGGUUAUCCAAUCAUACUGUAGCGAUCUUAGCUUGCCUUUUUAUGUAUUUUAAUUCCGCAGAUCUCUUGAAGAUAUUCCGAUGAUUCCAUUUAUUUCAAACUGUUCCUUUUAACGUUGUCCUAAGAUCACAACAUUCCGUUUUUGUAUUCACUUUUUUAUUUGUUUUUGUCACCAUGGAAAAUCCAAAACAGGAAAUCAUUGAAUUGUAGAUCGUGUUAUUUUUUAUUUUUCUUCUAGAGAAUGUUUCUAUUCAGUUUCCCAGCUGUAUGCUCUAUUUACCUCCUGCGAGAAUAGUGGUACAGAAUAUUGGAAUCUUAGAUAGCAUAUUGGCUGGCUUACCUGAGGCUUAUCCAAUCGGGUGACACAUUUCAGAACAUCCAGAUGUAAUGUAAAUAUAAGGGUUGUGUGAAUUCAACCAAGUCCGUUGGAUGAAUCGUCCUGUCUGAGUUCAACUUAGGGUUGACAAAUUCUGGUAAAAAAAAAAGAAUUAUACAAAUUUUGCUAAAUUUCCUGGUUUUACAGAAAUCCUGGUUGAAAGAUUCCUGGAAUCACAGGUUUUUAUGUCAUGAAUCUGCCACAAAGUCAUGAAAUCUUUUACCUUAACCACACUGAUAACCCUAAUGCCUAACCUUAAAUUAGAUCAAAAAGCACACUUUUUUUUUGUUUUCAGGCAUUUUUACAAUAUAGCAAAUUUUGACUUUGCAGCUCGCCCAACUAGUUGACGUUUAUUGGGAUGAGUCCUGUCCUGGAGGCAGAACUGAGCAAUUUCCGCUAGAUGGGCCAGCUGCAAAGUCAAAAUUGGCUAUAUUGUAAACGUUCAUAAAAACAAAUGGGCUUUUUGGUCUUAAUUUGAAGUUAGGGUUCAAAUCUGAUUUUGUGGCUAUGCCAGAUAGUGACCACUGUGCAGAUCUGCCUCCAGGGCAAGAUUCAUGGUGAAAAACGCUAACCUUCCCCCAUCUAACAGAAAUGGCCCAGUUCUGCCUCCAGGGCAAUAUUCUUGGUGAAAAACGCUAACCUUCCCCAAUCUAACAGAAAUGGCCCAGUUCUGCCUCCAGGGCAAGAUUCAUGGUGAAAAACGCUAACCUUCCCCAAUCUAACAGAAAUGGCCCAGUUCUGCCUCCAGGGCAAGAUUCAUGGUGAAAAACGCUAACCUUCCCCAAUCUAACAGAAAUGGCCCAGUUCUGCCUCCAGGGCAAGAUUCUUGGUGAAAAACGCUAACCUUCCCCCAUCUAACAGAAAUGGCCCAGUUCUGCCUCCAGGGCAAGAUUCAUGGUGAAAAACGCUAACCUUCCCCAAUCUAACAGAAAUGGCUCAGUUCUGCCUUCAGGGCAAGAUUCAUGACAAACCUCAACCUGUGGAAAGAUACUGGAAUUUUGCAACCCUAGUUCCUCUGGUUGAACUGAUGAGGUCAAUCAGCCUGAAGGCUCAAUACCCUUCUGAACUCUGAUAUGAGUACUGAUUGAUUGAUUGAUUACUACUGUCUUCUAUCAUUUUUUCCAUAAGACAUACUUCCAGUCCAACCAAUGACCAGCCCUUUUUAUUUAUGGGGUGGCAGGGUAGCCUAGUGGUUAGAGCUGUUGGACUAGUAACCGAAAGGUUGCAAGUUCCAAUUCCCCGAGCUGACAAAGUACAAAUCUGUCGUUCUGCCUCUGAACAAGGCAGUUAACCCGCUGUUAUUGAAAAUAAGAAUUUGUUCUUAACUGACUUGCCUAGUAAAAUACAAAUCUACCAGUGAAUGAUUUAUGAGUGGAGGAACUGUGUAGCUAGCUGA